AUGUCCAAAAUUUUGAAGGUUAGACAUAGUAUGAUGGGUAUCAUGAAUAUCAAGGAUUGCCAUGAGAUAGCGAGGUAGAUUAUCAAAAUAGUAAGUCGAUUCAUCGAGAUAAUGGCGAUAGUUUUAAAUUUCAACAAAUUUGGUGAGGUAACUAAUGCAAUUCCAAAGGUUUGUAUUAUUAUAAUUGAAUCGUAGACCAUGACGCAGAUAUUGUAUGCUAAUUGGCUUUGGUAAUGGAUCGAAAAGGUUAUUAAGAUCAUGACAAAUUUGAAUAUCCUCAAAAAUUUGUAUAUUUAAAUUUCUCCUAUAAUUUCAGUAUAUGAUAAAAAUAGAAUGGCCAUUAUGGUUAUUAGUAGAAUAUUACAUAGGUCGACAAUUUCAACUUGCUGGGAUUGGAUAAAUAGAGGCAAAGCAAUGUAAAACUGGUGA